GACUCAACUUCACACUCCCGAGUCUUGGCAUUCGAGGUCUCGUGCCUCCUCUUCUGAACCGCGACCUGCAUUGCAAGCCGUACAAACGAAGCAGUAUAGAGUCUGAAGCCCGCAAGGGCACUCUCGCCUCACGAUGUCGCAGUUUGUAGGCCAGACGCGCCUAGCCUACACCCGCCCAUGGCACCACGUCGACCUCUCCGUCACCCCCCGACCCUUCGGCCGCCUCGCGACAGCCAUCGCCAUCACGCUCAUGGGCAAGCACAAACCCAUCUACGAUCCCUCCACCGACUGCGGCGAUUAUGUCGUCGUGACCAAUUGCUCGCAGCUGUAUGCUACAGGCAAGAAAAUGCAGCAGAAGAAGUACUAUAGUCAUACCACUCGUCCGGGCAGUCUGAAGGAGAUGACGAUGGAGAAGGUGAUGGCCAAGUGGGGGGGUGGUGAGGUGUUGAGGAGGGCAGUUAGAGGGAUGUUACCGAAGAAUCGGUUGAGGGAUGAUCGGAUGGCGAGGCUUAAGUGCUUUGAGGGAGAGCGGCAUCCUUAUAAGCAGAAUCUACUCCAACUGGAUCUACGGGACAGCAUAGCGCAGGCGCCAGAAGUGCAAGCCGCGUUCCGACAUCCAGCAACUCCGCCUUGAUAACAUUGGCUUUGCACGGUGGACGAGCGAUAAGGUUUCAAGCAUAGCGAUGGCGUUGAAAUGGGUGUUCAUUCAGGUCUAUCUGCGUUACUACUCGCACGCUUGAACGCCAAUACAAAUUCAAUGGCAGUCAUCU